AUGACCAGCGUCACCAGCGACCCCCCGUCGGCUUCCGACACCAACACAGCUCCCAAGCUCCUGAGGGUCGCCGAGAACGAGGAGCCUCAGCUUCAGCCUGCGCCUCAACCCACGCCCGAGCAGCUCGAGCCAGCCCUCCAGCCCGCGUCCUUGCCAGAGUCCCCCAACCUCCUCCCCCUCGACCACCCCACAAACGCGCGAUACCUCUACGCCGCGCGCGCCGCCAUCAUGGCCGCGGACGCGUACUCGCACUCCCUCUUCCGCACGCGGGCCGAGACUGUCCCCUCGAUGAGUAUGGGCCCACCCCCGCCACCGACACAGACUCUGCACACGCAGACCCAGCCUGAAGACCAGGAGGUGUCUUGGACCCUCCCGCUCUGCCCCGACACGGCGGGGCGCUCGUACUGCCUCCCCACCAUGUUUAAUGGGAUCGUGUGGUGCAUGCGGUGCCGCGGGAGAGUGCGGGUGUAG